AUGUUGCAGAAAUGUGCAUCAGCUUCUGUAAAUAUUCAAGAAGGUCGUUCAAGAUCUUUUGAAAUUAUCGUUAAUGGAAAUCUUAUUUUUUCAAAACUAAAGUGUGGUAGUUUUCCUUCAACAGAAGCCAUCAUUUCUGAAUUGAUUCGAAUUGAAAAUGGUGAAACACCUAAUGAAGUCAUUGAAUAUGAAACAUCUAAUUAAUUGGCAUUGAGCAAUCUAGGAAGCUAUCCAUACGUUUUUUCUGUUAUAAAACUUAUGACUUCUGUCAAGUAAUUGAAAGUCUUCAAUCUUUGUAAUAAUUAAGUCUAUGCAGGUGAACAAGUUUGCGAAUUUCUGAAUAUGGAAGAUUAUGGGGGAAGAAAAAUUUACGAAGAUGGCUCGUUCAUAAACUACA